GUCCUAAUCCACAUAGCGGGGCAACCUGGAAGAGACGAAGACACUCGAGGAGGAUGUCGAGCAACACGAGCUUGAUGUGGAAAUAGUUACAGCAAGAUGUGAGAAAACCGAGGCCAGCGACAUCAUGUUGGUCCGGAACUCGCACGGCCGAAGCCGGGCCAGAGUGAUUCAUGCGGUGGUGGUGAUCUUCCUGGAGUUCUUCGCCUGGGGGCUACUUACCACUCCCAUGCUGACUGUUCUGCAUGAGACAUUUCCUCAGCACACGUUCCUGAUGAACGGCCUGGUUCAGGGUGUGAAGGGCCUCCUGUCAUUUUUGUCUGCUCCUCUGAUUGGUGCUCUGUCCGACAUCUGGGGCAGGAAGUCCUUCCUCCUCAUGACAGUCUUCUUCACCUGUGCACCUAUCCCCUUCAUGAGGAUCAGCCCCUGGUGGUAUUUUGCCCUGAUCUCUGUCUCUGGGGUCUUUGCCGUGACCUUCUCUGUGGUUUUCGCCUAUGUUGCUGACAUUACAGAGGAGCAUGAGAGGAGCACUGCCUACGGAGUGGUCUCUGCGACGUUUGCAGCCAGUUUGGUGACGAGUCCAGCUAUCGGGGUCUACCUCUCAGAAAAGUACGGAGACAGCCUGGUGGUUCUGGUUGCCACGGUGAUAGCCGUGGCCGACAUCGCCUUUGUGUUCUUUGUGGUCCCGGAGUCGCUGCCAGACAAGAUGAAGCUGACCUCCUGGGGCUUCCCCAUCACCUGGGAGCAGGCCGACCCCUUCGCUUCUCUGCGUCGAGUGGGAAAAGACACCACAGUGCUGCUGAUCUGUGUCACCGUGUUCCUGUCCUACCUGCCCGAGGCUGGACAGUACUCCAGCUUCUUCCUCUACCUGAGACAGGUGAUUGAGUUUUCCCCUGCAGCCAUUGUCGGCUUCAUCGCCAUGGUGGGAAUCCUGUCCAUAGUGGCUCAGACUCUGUUCCUCAGUGUGUUAAUGAGGUCCAUUGGUAACAAGAACACACUUCUUCUGGGUCUGGGCUUCCAGCUGUUCCAGCUGGCCUGGUACGGCUUCGGCUCGGAGCCGUGGAUGAUGUGGGCGGCAGGAACAGUAGCAGCCAUGUCCUCUAUUACUUUCCCAGCAGUCUCUGCUUUGGUCUCCCACAAUGCAUUACCGGACCAACAGGGUGUGGUUCAGGGCAUUAUCACGGGCAUCAGAGGUCUGUGUAACGGCUUGGGUCCGGCUCUUUAUGGCUUCAUCUUCUUCCUCUUCAACGUGGAGCUGAACGACAUUCAGCCAGUGGCAGGAAAACCGGGCACUGAGAAGUCAGGCAUUCCGGGGCCUCCCUUCCUAUUCGGGGCGUGCACCGUCGUGUUGGCUCUGAUCGUGGCCGUCUUCAUCCCCACCCACCACCAACUGUCUGAGAUCAAGACCUGUUCUACCCUCAAGUCCAGCAGCCGCUCCUCAGCUCAUGCUCAGAGGUCUGGCUCUCUGACCAAUCCCUCCAGCGACGCUGGGGACAUUGAGCCGCUGCUACAGGACAGCAGCUUGUGACUGACAGCCCAACAACUCACAGCACAGAAGUCCAACAUCCCGCCUCCUUCAACCUUGAAUCGUUUCUUUUUCAUAGAUUUUCUGCACAGAUGUCAGCUUAGUUCAAAACAUGAACUCAGCUUUACACUUAAAAAUGAAGCUAAAGGUCAAAGUACAUCAGGCGCCAUCAUCGUUGCAGCUGUUCAGUAAGGUAUUAAACAUAUUCUGAAUACUUCUGCGCCUGGUAUCCCCUCGCUUAGUUCAUCUGGGCUUGUCCAACCUAAGGGCUUGAAACCUCAUGGCUCUGAAACCUGAGACCCGGGAGCCAAGUUCACAAGUACACAGACCUUAGCUGACCUGUAGGGGGCGCUAGGGUUCGUGUCUAACGUGAACCAUUUAAACUCUGGUUCUCUGCUCCCUCUCUUACCGUAGAAACUGCCUCCACAUAUCAUUUUGCUUGGGAGCUUGGCUCGAAAUCUAGACCUGCAGUGAAGUCCCGCGCUAAGUUUGAAGUGGUUAAGUCUGGCUGGUGAUUUGAUAGUAUUUGUCCAGGCUGUAGGUAGAGUAAAGUGUCUCCCUCCAACCUGAGGCUGAUCAUGGUUUGAGUCAAGUCCGCUAGAGUCUGAGGAAGCUGUUCAGGUCAUGAGGAGUUUCCUCCUGUGUCCUCUUUAGGCUUCCACUGUCUGCCACUGCAGUGUCUCAUGUUCCUGCUUUGCUUUAGUUUGUAUUAAACCGCUUUGUCGGAAUCAGCAGGUUGACUGAACCAGACUGUGCCAUAUUCCGUAGUUUGUUUUUUUUACAUUUGACUUAAAUGUUCACCUGAUGUGUUUGAGCUCAAACCUUCACAUUCCAUAACAGGCACCAUGGAAUCUGCUCAAGUCGGAUCGUUCAGGAGCAUCUUUCACUUAUUACAUUAAUGUGGUCACAGCUCUAGAAAACGACUGAUCAUGUGUAGCAUUAUGUUCCAGCCACAUCAUCAGCGAUCUGGUCAGAUCGUGGCCUUUUCACAUCAAUGCUCCUCAUUGCUUUCGCUCAGUUCCUGACGAUGUCAAAGACGGACCAACAGUAUAUUUUUUUACCCAGCAGAUUUGUAAGUGAAUGCUCCUGAAUGCAUCACAGCAUCAUGUUUUUGACCUGUUUCUCUGACCCAGAUUUUUGCUACUACUGCGUUCAUGUCUCAUUUAGAGGUUUCUCCUCUUUCAAAUAAUAGUCAUGUAAUUCUCUCAGAUUUUAAUGCUCUUAAUCCAGAUUCAGUUGAAGAUAGAACCAGCAAAGUUACAGAAAACUGCUGAUGAGAGCUGUCAAGUGAGUCAGAGGAAGAGCAGUAAAUGAACUGAUGGUGACGUGUUAUGUAGUUCAUCCAAUGGUCUUCAACCCCCACGUGCACUUUAAUGUCACUCAACAUGUGCCUCAGAUCAUCAUGUUCGUAUAGUUUUUUUUUUUGUUUGUUUUUUUUAUACUAAAAGAUGAUGUGUUGUGUGUUGCUUUUAUUUCCAGGACAUAAUUUUAAAUAUCUUACAAAUAAAAAUGUAUGAAAUGGCAAAUCAUUUGAAUGUCACACUUUUUAAACUUAUUUCGCGUCUCGCCACCAGCUUGACGCAACUUUCUGUCACAGUCUCUGAUCCUGUUCCUUGUUUUAUUUUGAGUUCCUUACGUUCGGUAGUGUCUGGUUCUAGUCCCUGGUUUUAUUUUGAAGUCCUUCCUGUCGAUCAUGUUUUGGUUCUGAUCUCCGCCAUUAUUUUGAAAGGACUUCCUGUUCAUGUCACGUCACAGCUGUUCCCAGUUUCUACCGGUCAUUAGCCACACCUGCAUGUCAUCAUUAAUCAGUUCAGUGUAUUUAAGCACCACCUCUCACCCUAGCACUUCGCCAGAUUGUUAGCUCGUGUUGCGUGUUAUUCACCACUUUCCAACGUUCAGUAACCUAGCCCAGUCGUGUAUCUUGUUUUGAACUCCGAGCCUGUCUAGUCCCUGCCUGCCUUGGUUUUCUGAUCCUGCCUGAUGCUGACCUCGCCUGCCUGCCUGACCACGGAACGGUAUAAUAAAUCAGCCUCUCGUGUACGAACCUUGCCUGUCCCUGACACCGAGCCCGCCUGAUCUUGUAUUUCACGCAUUGACUUCCCGUGUAUGACCCUGCCUGACCUGGACCCUGUAAUCUGGAAUAAACUCUCAUUUAUCAUA